AUGCCGGAGCAUACACAGCAUCCGGCGCCAGGUCCAGGCUCGGAGCGGCCGGUCGGCAAGCCCAAGGUGAAAGCCUCAGACUAUGCGGACCCGCCACCACCAGAGCCUGUCAGGCUCGAGGCAAGACCGUUCACUUGGCUGGAUCCUGGAACAUGGUCGAACUCCAUCAAGUUCUUCCCGGCGUAUGUAGUACUGGUGGCCAUCUUCAUCGCCGUCUACUACAACCACUUCACCGAUCCUACAAUCGACUUGUCGUCUUUCGAGACAUGCACUGGAAGCUUCAACUAUUCUUUUCGUAUCAACGCUGCAAUGACGCAAGCUCACAGACACUCUGUCCGUAGCUGGGAGAUUGGGUAUGCUUAUGAGGCAACGCAGCAGAUCUACAACCCAGAGCGUUCAGUGCUCGGUCCGGACCCGUUCCCAGGUGGUAAAGUGCCAAAGCUGGGUUUGAGGCUGGACGAGGCUUCGUUAUACAUCGAGCCGAAGCUCAAGACCGACGGCAAGUCUUGGCCGAAGCAGAAAGACUUUGUUCUCAAUGAAGCACCGAGAUACAGCAAUGGCGCCAUUAGUCAUCGCAUGGAGCAGUCAGAGCUGUCGUCUGAUGCUGUUGCGAUGGUACCGCCUUUCCUAGCUUACUACGGCGUUGCCACGAAUGAUCUUGACUUGGUGAAAGAAGCUGUGCGACAGAUCAGCCUUUGCCGGAGCAUACUGGUCAUUAACAGCGGACCACAGCAAGGCCUGUGGAGACAUAUCGCUGGACCUUCUGAUUUCAUCGACAACGGUGCAUGGUCGACCGGCAAUGCGUGGGCUGCGUAUGGUAUGGCACGUGUUCGCGCAACAAUCGCAGCGUGCCCGCGAAGCAAAGAAGAUAUGGCCAAAGAGCUGAAUGAUCUCGAUAUGUGGAUCUCAGAACUUCCGGGUGGGGUGGCACGAACAGACGAUGAUAGCUCCGGUCUUCUGAGAAACUAUCUUGGUGAGACCAGCUGGGGCGGCGAGACGUCCGGAACUUCCCUGCUUGCCGCGACUGCUUACCGCAUGGCCAUCAUGAGACCAGAAGUCUUUGCGAAGCCUAUGCUCCUCGACUGGACGCAUCGCAAGCGUCAAGCACACAACUUGAGGACACCAUUUACCGGAAUCAGUGCAGAAGGCGAAAGCUUCUUGCUUUUACCUGGAACCGCUUGGCGCGACUGCGUCUGCACUGGCACUGGCAACUGUCUGGACACAUAUGUCAAAGAGACUGGACAAGAUCCUCACGCUGAGAUGUCGCUACGAGAGGCUGUCGAUCAAUUUGCUGCCGUUAUCAUGGCUCCUGUCAAAGUGAAAUGGGAGAGUGUCAAGAAGUACUCUGGAGCCCCGUGA